UAGAUAAUUUUAAAAACAUAACCCCACAACAUAACCUAUAUAAGUAAAUCACGUUGUAGUUUCCAGUUGUAUAAACAGUUCUAAAAAUCUGCAAAAAUGGGGGGCAAGGCGAAAAAGAUGAAAGACACAAAAUUUGCAAAAAUGAAGAAGAUGAUUAAAUUAACAGACAGUCGCAUAAAGGAAGAGUUAAGACAGCCAAAGAAGAAAGACAAAAAGGAAGAUCCCCAUGAGCUGAAGGUUCGUGAAGCUCCUCAGCAAAGCUCUGCUCUCUUCUUCCAGUACAACACACAAUUAGGACCACCAUACCAUGUUUUGAUUGAUACAAAUUUCGUAAAUUUCUCCAUCAGAAAUAAGCUUGAUAUCAUACAGAAUAUGAUGGAUACCCUAUAUGCUAAAUGCAUACCAUAUGUAACAGAUUGUGUUUUGGCUGAAUUGGAGAAGUUAGGACAGAAGUAUAAAGUUGCUUUAAGAAUCAUCAAAGAUCCAAGAUUUGAAAGAAUAACCUGCAUGCAUAAAGGUACAUAUGCUGAUGACUGUUUGGUGCAAAGGGUCACACAACACAAAUGCUAUAUAGUUGCUACAAAUGAUAAGGACUUGAAGAAGAGAAUUAGGAAGAUUGCUGGUGUACCUAUUAUGUAUGUUUCAAAUCAUAGGUAUACAAUUGAAAGAAUGCCGGAUGCAUAUGGAGCACCAAGAACUUAGUAUUUAAUUUAAGUUAU